GGCCACGUGAGGAGGUGGAGGAGAUGGAGCGGCGGGGUUUGUAGCGAAGAGCAGCUUGGGGCCCCCGUGCAGCAACAACAACAACAGCAGCAACAACAACAACAACAGCGGCAACAACAGCGGCAACAACAACAGCGGCGGCGGCAGCGGGAGAAGCAGCAGCAGCCGCACAAGGUGGAGCGGCCACGCUUCACAGCGCGGCUGGAAAAAGUGAGCGACGUCGUAAGGGAACGGUUUCUGCUGCUGCACCGGGAAUGAUGAGGUUACGAGGUGUGGUGCGUCUGGCCAUGGUCACCACCACGGUGCUGCUCAUGUGGUACAUGGCCACACAGCUCUUGGACAUCCGGCUGGAAGCCAGCUUUCGCAGAGAUCAAGUGACAUCGCAGUCAACAAAUGGCACAGCGCCCCGACCCGUUCGCUUCAAGUGCGGCCUCACCGAGCCCUGCCCCGACAAGCACUUCGCCUUCCGGGUCGUCAGCGGCUCGGCCAGCAUCGUCGGGCCCAAGAUCUGCUUCGAGGACGUCGUACUGAUGAGCAGCAUAAAAAAUAACGUGGGGAGAGGCCUCAACUUUGCUGUGGUUAAUGGUGUGACAGGAGCCCUCCUCGACGUGCGGACGUUUGACAUGUGGGCGGGCGAUGUGGAGGAGCUCCUCAAGUUUCUGAGGACCAUCCAGCGCGGCUCUAUUGUGCUGGUGGCCACCUUCGAUGAUGGGGCCACAAAGCUCAGCGUGGAGGCCCGUCAGCUGCUGUCCCAUCUGGGCAGCACGGCAGUGAACAGCCUCGCGUUCCGGGACAGCUGGGUGUUUGUCGGGGCUCAGGGAAUCUACGCCAAGAGCCCAUUUGAGCUGCAUGUGAGGAACAACCAGGACACAAACAAGUACGAAGGCUGGCCCGAAGCCCUGGAGCUUGAGGGCUGUGUUCCCGUGAAGGAGAACUGAAAGGAGGAGGCCUGCUGCUGUGAAGGUCACCUGAUGGUGGAGCCCACUGUGAAGGAAAUGGGAAUUGCUCAAGCCACAGAGGGGGAGAUCGUCACGCCCCGUCCAGCUGAUGUCACCGCACCUCUCCGCUGGUCACUUCUGCCACAUCCCACAGCUACUGAAACCAACACCCCCCUCCCACCACCUCCAGAGCUGUAGGGAGAUGGGUGGGGGGGGGGGGGCUUCAGGGCUUCCCCUUGACCACCGAGUUGUGGACGCUACUCCAAUGCCGGUCUCGGCGACUCUUCCCUCGUCCCCCACCCUGUACACACGUCCCCUCCACCGUAACCUCCUGUUGCUGAAUACAACUCGUAUCUUUGCUGCCACGUUCUUGCCAUGCUCUGUGCUAAACUUCCACGUUGCUAACGUCGUCCUGCCCAGGAAGUUUUCCUAGAAUUCUCCACGUGCAAUUAUACCCGUACGCCAGAAUCUUUUUUUUCUGGUGAUUAUCUUUAAGCCCAAUUUUCUAUAUUUUUAUAGCGAGAUCCACAUUACUCCGGUCCAUCUCUGAUAGGGCAUCUUCUCUGUGUUUUUUUAAGUAGGAGUUUAUAUCGUUGGUCAAAGCGGUGUACGUAUUCCAUAAAGACCCAACUCGUCCAGUGCAAUACUUUGCUUGAGCUUCUCACACCUCUUAUUUAUGCAACCAACUCAAGAUCCACGAAGUCCUCUACUACCUCCACGCUCUCACUCCUGAGAUGAAGGUGCAAGGGCCCCCUUUCUCAGCAGCAUCACUGCCAACAACGUUGUUGCGGGAAGCUCACUCCGUCUCUAGAGCCGCAGCUCCAAACUCGACCAAACCUCCCAAAUUUGCAUCAUCUACACGCUCCAAGUCUCCCAGCUAUCCCUCUGAGCCACUGCGCUCCCCAAGAUGUCUUCACGACGACCGUGUCCGUGGUUCGGUGAACACGCGGGUAACCGGUGAAAACGGACGCCUGUUGACGCCGGCCUUUAGCGCAAAUCACUCGGUCGGUCUCUCCUCGAGGCACACACGAGUUCUUAAGCCGCUCUGCUCAACUUAUCUUAAAUGCCUUAACAUCCAUAUUCUUCAUUCUCGAUCUACCAACGGAUCCAUGCUUGCUUAAAGUCUACAACAACAAAAAUCCAAAGAUCCUUGCGAUAUUCCCCGAAUUUCAUUGCUGUCUGCCUGAGAGUGAACGUCGGAUUGAUACAACCCAAUCUUAUUGUUAUUAUAAUUAUGAUGCUGUUUCACUCAGGACAGUCUCACUAAUCAAUAAUGCUUUCAGGGGCCAUGCUUGUAUGUGCAAACCCAAUUCAAUCAGGUUAUUUUUCAGCAUUGGGAUGUUUGGCCAAUACCAGUUGCAUUGUCUGGCCUUUCAGCCAUGAGAACUAGAAGGAAACCCUUGCAGAGCAGGAGAAGAACAUACAAACGUCGCACAAAGGCAUCCAAGUCGGUAGUUGAACCCAGGUCCGAGUUGCCGUGAGGCACGAGUAUUGCCACUUCGUUGCCACCCUGCCCCACACUUUGUCAAUCAUAUUUGCAUAUAUAUUUAUACCGCAAAGCUCUGCUAAACACCUUCCUCGGAAUGCCGAAUGAACCUACCUCUAGAGGUAUCGCACUUCUCUGUCCCUUUGUCCACAUGGUUUAAAGCCAUUGGCGGCCGCUGACGGGAUCGGUUCCCAUGCGAAGGGCGAGCCGCUCUACUCUCCGCCCUGGCCGCUCCUCGUGUGGACGUUGUGUAGCGAUGGGGCGCAUGCCCACGCUGCUCCUGGAUGUUUCGUUUGUCUCCUGUUGGCUUAAUGGUUGUGUGAGCCGUGCCGCGCAGUGUUAUUUUGCUUUCUGUGGCGAUUAUUUAUUGCAAAGGUUUUCUCGCUGCCUCGGCAUCAGCUUCGACACAGAGGCCCGCCACCCACAGCACGACCGCACAAAGGGAACCGGCAUCUCCAUUGCCGUAAGGUGGCCCGAUUCGCUCGGCGGGACCGCAAUGGCCAUGUCUGCAGCGCAGAGCCGACACCUCGGACGUUCUCGGUACGAACACGGCGUUCGACGGCCGGUGAUUGCGCUGGGCUCUCGAGUGUCGCGUGUCGAUGGUCUCGGCCCAUUCACCGCAGACAACCGAGAAGCCCUUCGCGUUGUUAAACUUUGCGUGUCUCGCAAUCUCCACGCGGGGAAAUACACGUUUCGGUUUGGUUAUCACGGAAUGAGCAAUAUUUAUAGACCGCAUAAGAGUGCCCUCGCGUUGAGCGAGGGAUAAUUGGUUUGACUCCAGAAGUGUUGCACCGUUCUCUUGGGUGCGCCGGAAAAGUGAUUUCAUCUCGUGGCAUGAGACUGAUGGCACUUGAAAUAUAGCUGAGAAGAAAUAUGAAACAAAACUCUGAAACAUUUUUUUGUAUUUCCGCUCCAUGAGCAGCAGCAGCAGCACAUGGUCGUGCCCACGUGGGUAGGCCUCUGUGUAGCUGUGCCAAGGCAGCAAAGUAUGUAGCAUCAUUUGUGUUGUCCGUCUCCUUCCAAAGCACUUUGGUUGGAAAUGUAGAAAUGGUCGGAAGGGCCACGCACACUGCCCUCAUCGCAGCCUUCAGUGGUGUGCAAGAACGCACUUUCGGUACAAACUCAACCCAAAGGUCAACCCCCAUAGUUCCUUGCCCAAAGGGAUGUGGGCAGCUGCCACGAGACAGUUGGUGAGGGUAAGGCCCCGUGUGAAAUUGUGCCUUUUACUAAACACGUCGGUAUAGGAAUAGGUGCAUAGGUGCAGCUGAAAACGCAAACAAGUAUUGUUUUAGUUGCUCUCCUUGGCUGUGGUACCAUGGGAUGAAGCCGAGUUGAGCAAAAUUAUUUUACUUCCUAGCCAUGUGACUUUUCACCGCUGUAGCACGCCCUCUACUCGCUAGGUGGUGGCCCCGUAAGUUCUCGCCCUGACCUCCCGCCGUGACCCUGGCGUCGUCACGACAUCCAGUGCGCGUUGCAGGGAUCCGCUCCAGUUCAAUCGGUACAACACUCCUCUCCCUGUAGCUGCAAACCCAGGGUGAGAGGUGAUUCAAUAGCUUGUAUUUACAGAAGCGGAUUUCCAACUCCAGCAUCGCCAUGUAUCGAUAUUCUUUUGACGCUUGCUUAUUUUGGGUAGCAUCUUUAAAAGUAUGAAAGGUCAAAUCACGGAAGUGACGAAUUAGGUGUACUAAAAAAGUGCAAUAUGCUGACGCUGAUGAAAGUAAAUUAGUUGCUUUUGUGAAGGUUGCCUGUCGUGGAAGUCUCGAAGUGCACAGCGAGGAUGCUGCUUAAACGCGCGCGAGCCUUGGGCUGACGGCAGGUAGACGCAUUGUAAAUAGUGCUUUGUUUUUAACUUCAUUCAUCCCACUUUUCCUGCACAGUGCUGCACAUAGUUAAGUGUGUGAAUUUAUGUACAAUAUUUUGAGUUAGAAUAUUAAAACAAUACACUACACGCUCGGGUGACACUGGUUAAAUCGCCUAACACCACAAUUGGAACUUUGAGUUCGAAUCUCAGUCACGGGUCGUCAAAAUCCACCAUCCUUCAGGAGAGAAAAGAUGUGUGCUACUUGGGUUGGCAUUGCUCAUCUUGUGGAGAGCCUCUCUGCUGCCAGGGAAAAUGUGGAUUUUGUUGAUGCUGGCUCGUGCUCAUGAAUAAGAAGACCCUAUGAGCAUUAGAAAAUAAUAUUUUUUUUAAUCUAUAAAAUAGCUGUUACGUUAAAUAUCACAAUCUUCAUUUGAAGCUUUCGGUAAAGUCACGUAGAUAGAAAAUUAAUAGAUCACGACGUUUCGAUCGCAACACAAGCAACCGUCGCUUGUGUUGUGAUCGAAACGUCGUGAUCUAUUAAUUAAUUAUCACAGGCUAAAAUUCCAUUGAAAAGUUGAAGAUAAACGUGUUAUUUUCAAAUGCAUUUUUUGACUAAAUAAGUCGAUCUAAAGGAGUCCCCUUGCAUGAGUGAGCAAUGUGGCCCUCCGUCAUGCCCAUCGGUGACUUAGCCGGAAAUUCCACUUUUCAUGAUGGCAACAGUUUAUCCAUACGACGACCGCAUGAUUUCUAUACAAUGCGGAAAGAUGAUGUCCAGAGUCGACUAAUGGGAACUGAUGGUUGGAUUUCGAUUUAAAGCUUUCGUGACUCCAGGGAUUUAUAUUCUUGGUGCUUUCGGUAAAGUCACAUAGAAGGGAAAUAAUAAAAAUAAAACGAUACAAUUCUCACGACGUUUCGAUUGCAACACAAGCAAUCGUCAUCAGGUGUGAAAACCACAGCAAUAAUUAUUUUUUUUAAGUGACGGUUU